AUGGAAACACUCCUUCCCUCAUGUCGUCAAGAUGAGUAUGAGAUUAACGGACAGUGCUGUCCACUGUGCAAUCCAGGUCAGCAUGUGUUAAGGCACUGUACUGAGACCACUAGUACAACCUGUGUGCUAUGCCCUGCAUCAACAUAUAUAGAUAAGCCCAGUGGUCUUACAGCGUGUCUGCAGUGCACAGUCUGUGAUCCAGGUAACCGGUUAAAAACAAAGGUGUUGUGCACAUCCACUUCAAACACAAUUUGUGAGGCACUACAAGGCUACUACUGCAUUGAUUCAUACAAGCAGAGCUGCAGAGAAGCUAUAAGACACUCAAACUGUCUCCCAGGACAAUAUAUCAGUCAGAAAGGAACAGCAUUGACUGAUACUGUAUGUGUGGACUGUGUUAAUGGAACAUAUUCAGAUGGUUCAAUCACAUCCUGUAAACCACACACAGAAUGUGAAUCCAAAGGACUCAGUACAGCUAGACCAGGAACAGCCUCAUCUGAUGCUGAAUGCACUGGAAACCCCCAUCUCAUUCCUCUUGCAGUCGGGCUAUCCAUUGGAGUUCUGGUUUUGGCAGGAGUCAUAACAAGUUCCAGGAUGAAAAUGCCAUGA